ACGUCCUCGGCUCCCUGCUUGUUGUGGUCCCUGGACUUUUAGGCCUGAUGGUGUUUUCUCCUGAGUUGGAGGAGGACCGUCCAUUCUGCCAGGGACACCAGAUCAUGAACGUCCUGCUGGCAGCUUUUAAAGGAGACGUCCAGUCUCUGAGGAGGUACUUCCUGUCUGGCGUGGAUGUUAACGCCGUUGACUACGAUGAACGCUCAGCUCUGCAUGUGGCGGCCACCGAAGGUCACACAGAGGUCAUCCGCUUCCUGCUGAAGAACACUGGAGCAAACCCCGCCCUCAAGGACAGGUGGGGGCGCUCUCCUCUGCACGAGGACUCAGCUGUGGAGCUGCUGCAGAGAAACACGGGACGGAUCAAUAAUCGAUAGAUCAUCAAAUAACCGAUCAACAAAUCAGUCAAAUCCUGAAGAACACGAAUCUGAAGAAGUGACUCUGAAUUGUUUCCUGUUCGUG